AUGACAUCAUCCAAGAGCACCCCACAGCUCUUCCCCAUCCCAAUUGCUGCUCGAGAGCGAAAGGCGGGGUCGGGGGUGCACGCAGCUGCAGUCGAGGGUGGACGGUCCUACGCAGAUGCAGCUGCCGAGCAUCAGCAGCGCGAACUCGAGCGCAAGCGCAAACUCGAGCAGCUCGAAGAGCUCGAGCGCAAGGUGCAAAAGCGAAAGGAGAAGAAGCAGAGGAAGAAGGAGGAGAGGAGGCACAAGCGCGAGAAGAAGCGACGAAAGCGCCACAUCAGCAAGCACGGGGCGCCCUUGCCGUCCAUGGCCGGCGAGACCGUCAUCGCCGUCGGCCGCAUCGUCGACGAGGGCGAGCCUGUUCCGGCCUUGCCAGCCAAGACCGAGCACCACCACAGACCACCAGCCGCCGACCACGAUGACGAUGAAGGCCUGGACGAGUUGAGCGCUGAAGCGAUCGCCAGGCGGAAGAUGAAGAAGAAGGCGCUCGAGCGCGCCAUCAGCAGCGGCGGCGGCGAGAGGGAGGAGGCGGAGAGUGUGAGGCGCUGGGAGGAGGAGGAGCGACGGCGGCGACAGGCCGAGUGCUGGCGCACGCUGCCGGCGCUGAACAGGAACCAGGACCGGUUCCGCCUGGCCAAGGACGGGCGCGACAUCAUCUUGGAGUUCGACCGCGCGCAGGAGGACACCUUCCUCCCUGACAACACUGACCUGUGGGUGUGGGGCACGCUCGAGGCGAGGAUUGUGUCGUUGAGCGAGCUGUGCGUGUGGAGGGACGUGGCGGGCACGAUCCCCUUGGCCGAGGAGGUGCCCGUGUUCGUGGUGCACCUCGCCAAGUGGAAGCUGGCCAGCGAGUGCACCGACAGCUCUGAGUGA